ACAACUUGGAAUCGGAAUGAUGUAUCGCAUUUUGUUUUUGUUCGAUCGUUCCCUCCUCACUCCUCAGUCCUCAUUCAGUCUGCAACUGAACGCGGCAUUAUUACAACACUGUUGGAGAUAUUUAGAACACUUCUCGGUUAUUAUUAAGGAUAAGAUAAGGAACAAUGCAGUGCCAAAGGGACACGUCGCCGAAAGUGAUCAUAGACAACGACGCAGGCGGGGACGAUGCUAUGGCAAUAUUUUUAGCGUUACUGUAUGAAAAACACUAUAAUGGACCAAAGAUAAUCGGAUUGACAACCGGAAACGGAAACACCAACGAAGACAACGUCUGCAGAAACAAUCAGCGAAUAUUACAAGUUGCUAAAAGACAAGAUGUCCCAAUAUACAGAGGUAGUAAAGAAUCCAUGGUGACAACACCUGCUACUGUGGCGUAUUACGGGAUAGAUGGUAUGGGUGAUGUGGAUGAGGUUGUAACAGGAUUGGUUGAGCCAAAAGAGCUUGGAGCUAUCGAAGCUUUAAUCGAACUAUCAAAAACUCAUGAAGGUCAACUAACUGUGAUAACUCUGGGCACUCUAACAAAUGUUGCCAUGGCGCUAAAGCUGGACCCUAAUUUUAUAAAUAGAUUAUCUCAAUUAUACAUUGCCGCAGGUCAUGUACAUGCUGAAGACCUGCAGGUGUUAACAGCGCCAGAGUUCAACGCCCACAUGGACGUGGAGGCGUACCACGUGGUGCUUCAACACGCCACCCCCGACAAAGUGACCAUCUUCCCCUUCUCGCAGACUAUACGCUAUCUGAGCUUCAGUAGGGAAUGGAGAGAAGAUGUUUUAGGAGCAAUCGAUACCGACAUAAUCAGAGCACAGAACAAGUAUGAACAAGUUGCAUUGAAAAAAAACGUUGAGUGGCAGGCCCUGGACCCAGCCGCGGUAGCUAUCGCCCUCAACCCGGAAUUGGUCGAAGAAUAUAAAUAUUCUAAAAAUGGCAUUACAUUAUGUGGUAGUCAACGAGGUAUGAAUACCAACGAGUUUGUCGAUAAAAAGGACGCCAACGUGAGGGUAGCUUAUAAUGUAAACAAAGAAAAAUAUCAACAGUUUCUUUUAGACAUAUUUGCUCGUGAAUAGUGCUACAAGAAGAAGUCAAUAAUCACCAUAUUAGCCGAUGGACGUACACUGCUGUAGGCUUAUAAUGCGUCUACGAAAAUGUAUCAUCUCGUGUAAGAGAAAGUUUUAUUGUCAUUGUGGAGUCGAACAUAUCACUUUCUGCUUUGUCCUGACGCAACGAAAGGAAUUAUAUUUUAUACUAGCGGACGCCCGCGACUUCGUCCGCGUGAAAUUUAGUUUUUCACAAAUUCCGCGGGAACCAUGGAUUUUUCCGGGAUGAAAAGUAUCCCGGAAAAUAUAGCCUAUAAGUUAAUCCAGAGUAAAAUUUAUUUCCAAUUUAAAUUUCAGCCAAAUCGCUUCAGUAGCCGCAGUGUAAAAGAGGAACAAACAUACUUACACACUUACACACAAACUUUCGCCUUUAUAAUAUUAGUGUGAUUAGUGUGAUUUUAUUACGCCGUUAUUUGUGGACAAUAUGUCUCUCUUUUUACGAGAUAUCUCGUAGCGCACAUCCUAGGCUUACUGGCAGCUACAUACUUGCUGUAAAAAUUCCCAACACCGUGGUCAGCAUCAUCCAGACGAUCCCUGUAACCAGCUGGAUGUCUUC